AUGGCUUCUUCCUCUUCGUUCAACAACGAAGGCUCCCUCGUUUCGUCUCCACCAGCCAUGAGCGAAGUUUCAGACUUCUCACAGAAUGCUUCCCAAGAGCCCGAGUACGGAAGACACAACACCUCUUCUCCUGCUUCUUUCUUUCAUCACGGAGAGAACCAGGGCAUGGACGCCAUGAUGAACGACCUUCCCGACAUGGCUGGGUCAGAGCCGAAUCUCAUCACCAACACUGGAAGCAGUUUUAUCGCUACCCUAUCUCUCUCUCUAGAAUUCCAGACCGUAUUGGAUCUUCUAAACAGAGGAACAAACCCAAACAACAUUGUCAAGUACGUGGAAACCUAUAACACCAUGGCGGACUCUGGCAACUUGAACGACCUCGCUAUUUUAGCUGGGCUUCCUACGGAUGAUCUCGCGAAGAUCGUUCUAGACGUCGUCAAUCUCUUGGUUUACCCGACCGCCGUCAACCCACUCCCGACCUUCGACCCACUCCCGACCUUCGACCCACUCCCGACCGCGAAUUCACUGCCCACUGUGGAGUCACUGCCGACCUUCGAGCCAUCCCCAACAGCCGAACGCGACUCCGCCGACGAGUGCACAGCCCCGCGCUCAGAAACCUCGAAGCCAGCAUCUGUGUCUCGAAGAGGAUGCCCGGGUGAUAACUGGGGUUGUCAGCCCGAUGAGCUCAAUGCGGGCAAGAAAAAGCUAAAUGGGGGCAGGAGGUUUUGGACUUCGUGCAAAAUGUUUUGCGUACAUUUCAGGGCCGAACACCUCGAGGAAUGUCGCGAUGGCUACAGCUGGCAAUGCCCGCUGAACUCGUGUGAUCGGGUAUUCGGCGGGGAUGGGGAUGGGCUCAUGAAGCACCUGUAUCAUGAGCACUGGCAGUGA